UAAUCGGCCGAGAUGUGACGUCACGUUAAUAAGCCAUAUGAAAGAGCACCCGAGAGAGGAGAUAUCCAGUCGCAGCCAGACUCUGGGUCCAGCAUGCUGAAACCAGUCUUUGUAGUGUUAUUGCUGGCUGCUGUCGCUAACGCCGGUCUGCCUCUACCCUCCAUCAUCAAACCCUGCGCGCGCAGCGAUCCCAACUUCAACGACUGCGCCUUGCAACAUGGGAAGGAGACUCUCCCGUACUUCGUGAAAGGAGACAGGAAUUAUAAUAUACCGAAGAUGGAUCCCCUGGAAAUCACCGAAAUGUCCGUGUCUGAUGGACCAAGUCAGUCUGGAUUUUCCAUCAAUUUUCGGGAUGUGAAGAUGUAUGGACUGAAGGACGCGUCGGCAGAAAAAGUAGAAUACGACUUCGACCAGAAACAUGUCUUAUACGGCAUCAGGGUGCCCGCUCUCACCAUCCUAGGAAAGUACGAAAUAUCGGGACGGAUCCUUGUUCUACCGAUUACCGGGAAAGGAGACGUCAACAUUACGUUAUUGGACAACGGACUCACAUUCUCGUUCGAUUACGUCUUUGAAUACAGGGACGGCGAGCGGUACUACAUGUCGAAGAACCACAAGGCCGUGGUGGAACCGUCGAAGGCAUUCUAUCGCUUUACUAACUUGUUCAACGGAGACAAAUUGUUGGGAACGCAGAUGAAUGAAUUCAUGAACGAAAACUGGAGGGAGGUUUACAAGUCGAUGUCCCCCUCAAUAUCUGAGGCUUUCGCCCAGGUCAUAGGCAUCAUCAUGAACAGAGUUUCAGCUCUCGUUCCUUUCGACGUCAUAUAUCCUGAGACGAUACCUUGAAGGAACACGCCUCUCGCGGCAAAGUUACGAAACCUGCGACGGCCAAGCACGUGAGACUACUUUCAGGCAGAUCCCUUACACUGAUACAGAUGAAUUCGUAUGAUGUUCUGAAAUAAACUAAGUCCUACUGAGAUAAAAAUAACCUAAAAAUAAUUAAAUCUUUUCUCUUUUGCCUUCUUGA